AUGGUUAGGGAGUGGGAGAUUGUUUUGAUACAUCAUGAGCCAAUGGGAGCUCAUUGCAAAACGGCUGCCAUGCGUAAUGCGGUGCAAAAUGUCUCCGGCAGAGUUGACCGUCUCAAAGCAACAGCUGUACUUGAUGGUGUUGACUGUGGUGUUGGUGGUCUUGUUAAUGGUCUUGGUAGUGGUGGUUGUGGUAGUGGUGUUAGUGGUCUUGGUGGUGGUGUUGGUGGUAUUGGUUGGGUUGGUGGUCUUGUUGUCGAUAUUGGUGGCAUUGGUGUUGGUGUUAGUGGUCUUAGUGGUUGUGUUGGUGGUCUUGGUCUUUUUGAUGCCAUCACAGACCCAACGGUGGAGUUAAUAAAGAAGGAAUUGGCUGAAGCAAUAACCAUAAGAAGGGCAGUUAGACAAGAUUCGGGUGCUGCUUUUGGGAGUAUUGCUAGUGAAGUUGUUGAUAUUGGUGGCAGCCAUGCUGUUGCUGCUGCCAGUCAUGAUGAUGAGCAUAUUGAUGUAUGGUUCACUAUUGCCCUUUCCUUCCCGUCUUCUUCUUUGAACUUCAGAGGCAGGUUAAUGACCUGCAAAAGAGUUGGUCGCCGUGAGAGCGACGAUGUUCAGAGAGAUACAGAGGCUGAUGAGGGCCCUGUUGUUGCGACUUGA